UGCGUCGCUUCUCAUCACUUUGCUUAGCGGCUGUUGCUGCACCUGCGGGCGUUCAGAGCGGAGACAGAAGGGAGAAAAAAAAAGAAAAACGCACGGAUCUAAAAAGGACACUCAAAAGAAAAACAUAACUAGUAUUGGACCGAGAGGCGAGGCUGGUGAAGCGCAGCGCACCAUGGCCUCAAAGGACUCAACACCGACGGCAGCGGGGUUUGCCAGCGUCAGCCGUGAAAUCACAGAGAGCAUCAGGAAGGUGCUGGACAAGCAACCCAUUAAAUUUGUGCGAGCCAUCAAGCAGGACACGAGGAGCGGCAAGUCGGAGGACAGGAUUCUGGUUCUGGCUACAUGGCGACUGUAUCUCUUCACUGUCAAAGUGCCCACCAAGCUGGAGGUUACUUUCAACUUCUUAGAAAUCCGGGCAAUGAACACAUAUCCAGAACACCAGGUUGUAAUCGACACAGACAAGACGACCUACUCUUUGAGACUGCAGUCACAGGACCAGCUGGACCACAUGGUCAGCCACAUUAAUUUUGCCCUGUCCCGAGUCUUCAACAACUCAAUCUAUGCUCCUCCUAUUUGCCGAGUGGAGGAAGAGCUGCUCGAUGGAAACCAGAAAUUUUCUCCAAAUUCGGAGUCGUCGCUGGACCCUCAGAAAACCUGUGGUGGUUUCUCUGAGACAUAUGCAGCACUGUGCGACUAUAAUGGAAUCAGUUGCAAAGAAGAAGUGCAGUGGGAUGUUGACACCAUCUACCAUUCUCAGGACAACAGAGAGUUUAACCUGCAGGACUUCAGUCAUCUUGACAGCAGAGACUUGGCGGUUAUUGUGGCAUCCAUUGCAUACAACACCUGGUUCACCAAGCUGUACUGCAAAGAUAUGCGUAUUGGGUCAGAAGUUGUGGACCAGGUCCUUCACACCAUCAGCAAAUCCAACUGCCUGGAGGAGAUCACACUGGAGAACGCUGGCCUCAAGACGGAUUUUCCACAGAAGAUGGCGUCGGCUCUGUCAGAGAACCCAGCCUCAGUGAUCCACUCUCUGAACCUGGCUCAUAACACACUCGACAACCAAGGUGUGUCCAACCUGAUUCAACAAGUAUGUCGCCUCAACAAGGGGCUGCGUCUGCUAAACCUGUCCAAGACCUCCCUUUCAUCUAAAGGUGUGGUUUCCUUGUCCCAGGCAUUAUGCUCCAGUGAUGACUACUCCAAUUCACUCCUUCAUCUGGAUUUGAGCAAAAACCCUGGUGUAUUAUCUGGAGAUGAUGCCACGAAUCUCUACUUGUUCCUGGCCCAGCCCAACUGCCUGGUUCAUUUGGAUCUAUCAGGAACAGACUGCACCGUGGACUCGCUGUUUGGGGCUUUGCUGCGCGGCUGCUGUGCUGACUUAUCCUACUUGAACCUGUCUAAGAACUCCUUCUCUCACAGGAAAGCCAGAGACUCUCUGCCAACUUUCCGUCAGUUCUUCAGCUCAGCAUUCAGUCUGACCCACGUCAGUUUGGCCUCCAUGAAAGUCCCUCCUGAUUCACUGCGGGCUCUGUUCUUGGGCCUGUCCAAUAACCCUCAUAUCGCUGAUUUACACCUGGACAUCAGCGGCUGCGAGCUAAGGUCAGCUGGAGCGGCAGUCAUUCAGGAGCUGUUUCCCCGAGUCUCCUGUGUGGGAACAUUGGACAUUUCUGAUAAUGGUUUGGAUGCAGACAUGUUGGCAGUGGUCCCAGCGUUCUCCCAUCACCCGUCCCUUAAGCACCUGAUGCUGGGGAAGAACUUUAACAUUAAGGGCAGGGUGCUGGAUGAGAUACUGCAGAAACUAGUUCAUUUGGUGCAAGAGGAAGACUGUGUUCUUCAGUCCCUCUCACUCGCUGACUCGAGGUUGCGUCAGAAGGGCACUGUGCUGGUCAAUGCCUUGGGUUCUAACACCUGCCUGAGAAAGGUGGACCUAAGUGGGAACGGUCUGGAGGACGCAGGCGCCAAGAUGCUCAGCAAGGCUCUGCAGAUCAACACCACACUCAGGAGCGUGAUGUGGGAUCGUAACAACACCACGGCGACCGGUUUCCAGGAUGUGGCAAGAGCGAUGGAGCAUAAUUUUACCCUGCAGUACAUGCCCCUCCCACUCAGCGACAUCUCUCAAGCGUACCGCAGUGCCCCCGAGAAGACCGAACAAGCUCUGGCCAAGAUCCAGCGCGCUCUGCUGAGGAACAACCAAACUCAGCGCUUCUCUCAGAAACAGGCUUUAAGACUCCACCAGGGCCUGGUCACCAGCACUGCUGAGCAGGUGAUGGAACGACUGUGCUCGCGGGUGCAGCAGCAAGUGUGUGUGCUCAAAGGCUGUGAUGAGACAGAAGAUGUCCAGACGGCCAGACAGAUCCUGAAGGAGGCCCGAAACUCAAGAGCGCUGUACCCCUCCCUGUGUGAGCUGGCACACGUCCUGUCUGUGGAUGGCCCAGUCAGACAGAGACUGGACACACUUGCUGGAGAGCUGGCCAAGGCCGCUGACAAAGAACUGCAGGUUGUGGUGGACUCAAUGGUGUCUCUGUGCCGUGAGCUGUGCCCGAUGUCAUGUGCAGCAGCAGAAAGGCUCAGUCCCCCUCUGUCGUCCAUCUCUGAACAAGUGUCCAUUCCCCGCUCCUCCAUUCGCAACGCCCUGAUGGAGAGAGCAGCCGAGGACAUCAACAAAGCCCUGGAGGAGGUGAAGUUGUCUGUGGUGUCCUAUCUGACCAACUCAAUAGUGGAUCAGAUUCUUCAAGAACUCUAUACCAGUCAUAAAACCCUGGUACUGCUGCGGCAGGUGUCACAAGUCAAGCGUUGGGACGAUGCAGGGACAGGGAGACGCACCAUCAGACAGUCCAGGCUCGUAGAGGCUUUGGACUUCCCCGAUGAGGACUUUGGAGUCAGCCUGGGAAUAGAUACCAUGGCUAUCAAGAAACGUAGUUCAAGAACUAGAAGAAUUCGACCAGUAUCCACCAGACUAAGUUUAGGUGAUGACCCCAGCUCCUCGCCCGUCCCGUCUGCUCCAGCCCCCUCAAAUGCUGCUGCCCUGGCCCACUCUGCGUCCUGGGAGUGUCUGUCCACUCUUCCCACCAACGGCUCACCUUUACGUCAUGUGACCCACGUCAGACCACGGCCCCCACGCAGGCAUCGAGCGGAACACCUGCAUUCUGACCUGCAUUCCUCAGAGAACGGGGGAGUUAAUAUGCUUGAGGAUGGACUGCCAGAUUUCUACAGCAAGAGAGUUCUACCCGACAGUCAGCUGUCAGACCUUCAUCACUCGCAGUCACUGAGGAGGAAAAAGCGGCGCAGUGUCUUGUCCAUUUUUUCAGGCUUUCGCAAGAAUCGCAACUCCACCAUCUCUAAUCAGGACUCAGAUGGUGUCUGUGAGAAUAUUUACUCCAUGAUCCAGCACCCUAAGGACAUGGGACGGGCGGAGGGUGCUUUCCCAGGAGAAAAUGGGACCAUGCCGUCUCCCUGGCCCACACAGGGCAUACCUGCACAUGGGAUAAGAACAGCUAGCCCCCCUUGCCUCAUACAAAGACAGUCCACAGACCUGGUCAGCAUGGUGUACAGCUGCAUCGGGGCUGAAAUCGAGGACUCGGACGGCAGCAGCACCUGUGACACCAAACCCUCAGACCCAGAUCUGGACCGACCCCUCACCACAGUCUCAGACCCCCCUGUGGACUGCAGAACCAACGGCCACAUGGGGGCGCCCCUGCAGCAGAUGGACAGGCAGAUGGAGCCGGGCCGUCAGGAGAGAAUCGUCCCUCUCACUGAUGUACAUUCAGACAUGGAGGAGGACAGGAAGAGCAGUGGUGGCGUUGCAAGUGUCUCGAAAGCAGAGUCUUCUCACUGCACUAAGCCCAGUCUGUCUGUUAUGAGACAGAGACACCUACAGGAAAGUUUAGAAGAGGCAGGCCGACUUGAAUUAGAAGAGGAGCAGAGUGAUAGAAAGCAAAGAGGGAGUGGACCAGAGGCGGAACAUCCCAUUACUCCAAACCAAACCAGUCUUGAUCAAUCACAAGAUAAAUCCUCCUCGGAAAUGUCCUCGUCCAAAAGCUCCCCCGGGAGUCCUUGCGAAAACACAAUCCCUGACCAAAGAAACCUGUCCUAUUUACAAGAAGAACGAGCAGAGAGCAGAAGUCCCCCUGCGCCGGAGAGCGCGAGCCCUGGAGUCAUUCAAGAAGAAGGAGAGGGACAUAGUGGAAACCCAAUCCCAUUCCAUCACACCAGGAAGUCCAACUCAUUUGACAUAGGCAUAGAACAAGACAGACCCUACGAUCUGCAGAGGUCCUCAGAUCGCAGAUUCCCUGUGAAAAAACCCUACCUCCCCCAGUACAGAAACAGAUCUCUGGACUACCCCCCAGGGCCCAGGUCUUAUGAAAGUCCCCAACACAGUGAUGCUUUAUGACGGUGUGAGUCCACGGGAGGAAAGUUUGAGCUGAACAGAGAAGACUGGAGGGAGACCAGCUUUUAGGCUCUGUGGACUUUUUUUUUUUAGAACCACGUAGACACUAGUUGUUUUGAAAUGCAUGUGACCUUAACAUAACUUUCUGAUAUUUCUUAUGUUGGUUGCACUUGCACUGAUUUCUCAGGUCUAUUCAUGGGUUUCAGAUGUCUAAUAUAUGUGACAUUUUGAGGUCUUUUCACCAUUUAACAGAUAGAAUAUUUUGUUUUAAGUUGUUAAUUACCGUGGCAGCAGUCAUGUAUGAUUCUGAAACCCAUGGAUAGUAAGUUGGAACCUGUGUCUAUGAUAAAUUGCACAUCACAGUUUUAACGCUCUUCACAAACUGUUUAUUAUCUGUGCACAUUCCCUGUCAACUGUUUUCAAAUCCGACAUCUGUCUUUUACUGACAAUCUGUGACUAUGUGAGUUUCGAUGUGUAUUCUAAUGAACUGUAUAUACUAAACCUGCACUAACCUCUAUGGUAACAAUCAUGUUUUUAUUUCAAAAAAGAUAUACUUUAAUAUGUGUGUUUGUAAUGUAUGCUGUUGGUGUAUGUAUGCAGAUGACGGAAAAUGUGUAGAAUUAAUCUCUUCAAGAAUAUUUAAGUCACUACGUGGAUGAAAUAUAGUUUUAGAUUUU